AUGGGGGAAGAACCAGCAGAAGAUGGCUCAGGGGAGGCGCCCCCAGCCUGUGGGAAGCCCCAGCAGCUGAACCGGAUUGUGGGUGGCCAGGACAGUGCCGAUGCUGAGUGGCCGUGGGUCGUGAGCAUUCAAAAGAAUGGGACCCACCACUGUGCAGGCUCCCUGCUCACCAACCGCUGGGUGGUCACCGCUGCCCACUGCUUUAAGGGGAAUCUGGAUAAGCCAUCCCUAUUCUCAGUGCUUCUAGGGGCCUGGCAGCUGGGGCACCCUGGCCCUCGGUCCCAGAAGGUGGGCGUUGCCUGGGUGCUGCCACACCCUAGGUACUCCUGGAAGGAGGCUGAGCGUGCAGACAUUGCCCUGGUGCGCCUCGAGCAUCCCAUCCAGUUCUCCGAGCGAAUCUUGCCCAUCUGCCUGCCGGAUUCUUCCAUCCAUCUCUCUGAAGAUGCUGACUGCUGGAUUGUGGGCUGGGGGAGUAUCCAUGAUGGAGUGUCUCUACCGCACCCUCAGACUCUGCAGAAGCUGAAGGUCCCCAUCAUUGACAGGGAAACCUGCAACCGCCUGUACUGGCGGGGAGCUGGGCAGGCGGCCAUCACUGAGGACAUGCUGUGUGCUGGCUACCUGGAGGGGGGGCGAGACGCCUGUCUGGGCGACUCUGGUGGCCCCCUGAUGUGCCAGGUGGAUGGCUCCUGGCUGCUGACCGGCGUUAUCAGCUGGGGUGAGGGUUGUGCGGAGCGCAACCGGCCCGGCGUCUACAUCAGUCUCCCCGCGCACCGCUCCUGGGUGGAGAGGGUCGCGCAAGGCGUGCAGCUCCGUGGGCGCUGGCAGGGGAGCUCCCAGGGCGGGGCGCCCCGGUAGAGCAGCCGGGGCGACGGGACUUGCAGCUUCCUCUGCUGUAAAUGAGCCUUCUACCUCUGGGGGGCGUCCCCCUCCCGCUCCAGGGCCCGCCCCGGGCCGGGAGCGCCUUUGUUUAUAUUGAUGUUAAUGAUUUUUACGGUUG